AUGGAGGUUACAGAUAAUGAGCUGUUCCAAAGGCUCUCCGCUGCAAUCGCAAAGAUACAUUCAGGCCCUCCGCCUGCUGAUGUCCUUCCAUCCACGACUACAUUGAAUGACGCUCGCUCCAAGCUUCAGCCUCACCUCCCCAGCCAAGGUGUCGGGCUCGAAGAGAGCAUACGUCACUUACAAGAGGACCUCGCUCCAGCAUUCAAUGGCUCUUCUCGCUCGCCAAAUUACUACGGCUUUGUGACAGGUGGCAUGACACCAGCAGCACUCCUUGCCGACAAUCUGGUCUCAGCAUACGACCAGAACGUACAAGUCCAUCUGCCAAAUGAGACCAUUGCCACAGACGUAGAGGACCGAGCCCUUUCUCUACUCUGUGAAUUGCUCGACUUCGAACCAGAGCAAUGGCCGCAUCGCAUAUUCACUACAGGCGCGACAUCAGCGAACAUCUUAGGUUUGGCAUGCGGACGAGAGUACGUGAUUGCUGAGGCCUCAGCGCACCGUACAGAUGCAGAGAUUAGCGUUGGUGAGCUUGGUAUUGUUGAAGCUAUGCGGAGUGCCGGGAUUGACGAUAUUCAAAUAUUGACUACGGUACCACACUCAUCGCUAGGAAAAGCGGCGGGCAUACUAGGCCUUGGGCGGACGAGUGUCAAGUGUCUGGGGCAGUCAGAAGCACCACACAAGUUUGACAUGCAGCUGCUCAAGAAAUCACUCGAGCAGCCUGGUGCAGCGUCUAUCGUUGCCAUCUCUGCAUCGGAAGUUAACACGGGAGUCUUCGCAACCUCAGGGCUAGAAGAGAUGGAAGAUAUACGAAAGCUGUGCGACAUGUAUGGGGCGUGGAUACAUGUCGAUGGCGCAUUUGGGCUCUUCGGCCGCCUCUUGACAUCGCCGACUUACUCUUCGAUUGCCCAGGCUUGUGGAGGGCUCGACCUUGCAGACUCAAUCACAGGCGAUGCACACAAGCUGCUCAACGUACCAUAUGACUGUGGCUUCUUUCUCUCUCGGCACCAUAAUAUCGCUGAACGCGUAUUCCAAAACCCCAACGCUGCAUAUCUGGCUUCUGGGAACGACGCGAACGUCAUCAUGUCACCACUUAACAUCGGACUCGAGAACUCCCGGCGCUUCAGGGCGUUACCAGUCUACGCCAAUCUUGUUGCGUAUGGUAGAGAUGGCUAUCGUACGAUGUUGGAACGGCAGGUAGAUCUCUCACGAGGAAUCGCAAGAUACAUCCUGGAAAGCGAUGGAUAUGAGCUCCUACCUAAGAGCAGUGCUUGCCAGGAAGACAUCUUGAAGGGAAUCUACAUCAUCGUACUGUUUCGUGCAGUAGACGAAGAACUGAACAAACAGCUGGUCAAUAAAAUCAAGGCCACGAGGAAGAUAUACGUAUCAGGUACAGCGUGGGAUGGAAAGCCAGCGUGUAGGUUCGCAGUCUCAAAUUGGAUGACAGACGCUAAGAGGGAUUUGCCCAUCAUCAAACAAGUGUUGCAAGAUGUAGUAUUGGGGAAAGAGGGCAAAUAG